AAGGACUGGAGCCCAAAACUGCACUGCAUACUCAAGGUACUGGACAAAUACUGUAGAUACAGGGGUGCUGCUACCAUGAGAGUCAAGAGUACAGAAUCUACUUCUCUAAGACACUUUCCGAAAUAAAAAUUUAAUACCAUCAAGCAAGCUGAAUUCAACCUCUAUCAAACAGACUUCAGAUGCUUACGAUACUGGUGCUUCUUUAUCUUGGAUGCGCAGUGACACAAUGUCAGAAGACAUGUGGCUAUUACAAUGUCACGGAUGCUCUGGGCGUACUGCAAUUAUCUCCUACUCUAGUAUACUUACGUCCUGUCACAGACUGGAGAGAGCCUACAUAUGUUACAUUAGACAUGACCUUCAGAAGUGUCCUGCAAAUGGAUGAGAAGUUACAAACGCUGUCUUCACUCAUGGACAUUGAAAUGACGUGGGAGAACCAGCUUCUUUCCUGGGAUUCAGAAGAAUUCUGUGGCAUAUCAAGAGUUUCCAUUCCCGAGAGUACAAUCUGGAUCCCGGAUAUAUAUAUUUCAGAAACAAUAGAGGACAACUCUCUUGAUGUGUUAUAUGUGCAUCUCUAUAAUAAUGGCACAGUGCAGAGAACAAAAACCCUGAACGUCAUGACCACAUGCACCUUGGACCUAUAUAAAUUUCCAUUUGAUGAACAGAAAUGUAACUUAACAUUUGGUAUAAGCACAAAUCCUGUUAAGGAUGUGAUCCUGGCUUCUGGCCUCAAAGCAGGCAAUAUUACGUUACUAUCCAAAGCUACUUUUACUACUGGCGAAUGGUCCUUACAGAAUGUUAAGGUUUUUCCCUUGAAUAUCUCUAAAAAUGGGGAGACAUGGAGUAAAAUGAUUUAUCAGAUCAGUAUAAAAAGGGCUCCAAUGAUGUAUGUCAUUAACCUCAUCAUCCCAGCCUGCCUUCUUGUUGUGGUGGAUGUUGCCAGUAUGUUUAUUCCAAUGGAAGGAGGUGAACGUCUUGGAUUUAAGAUUACAGUUGUCCUUGGAUUCUCUGUGCUUCUGCUUAUUCUGAAUGAUUUUCUACCCAACACAGAUACUCCUCCCAUACUAGGUGUUUUCUGCAUGGUGUGCUUAUUAAUCAUGAUUGUCAGCAUUAUAGACUCAAUAUUUAUAGCCUACAUGCUGCACCUUUCUGCUGUUCGACCAGAAGUACCCCACUGGUUAAAGCUAUGGGUACUGAAGCGUUUGGCUUUUCUUGUCCGAAUUCCAACAAAUGAAAGAAAACUGGGAUCCAACAUUUUGGGCCAUGAAAACACAGCAGUGAUUGAAAAAGCAGUUUCCCUCCCUGAACAGGAGAAUUCCACAAGUAAACAGGUCUCAAAGGAAUUUAAAGACAGUAUGGAAAUAAAACUGCUCAAAAAGCUUCUUCGAGAGUUGCUUCUGGUACGGCAACACCUUAUUGUAACAAAACAAGAGGAGGAAGACAAGUCUGAAUGGCAUAUGGUGGCCUUUGUUCUAGACCGAUUCAUUCUCAUCCUUUACCUGAUCAUUGUAACCCUUAUUGCAGUAAUUAUGGUAUCAGUUUGGGUGGCAUGACAUACAGUAACUUUGCUGAAUUCGCACUGUAUAUUUUAUUUAUUUAUGCCACUAUCCCUGUGCUUUCUUGUUCGUUAAAAAUGUAUCUCUAUUUUGCCUGCUGGGUCAGUCUACUUAGGGUGAGGGAGGGCCUAUGAAGAUCCCUUGGAUGAGGAAUGCUCAUUGUAUUAUAAUAUAUUCUACACAUUGGCCUGUGAACAUUAAAAUAUUAUGCCAUGCUCAAAAUA